AUGCCGUUUGCCAACAACACUAUGCCGUCUGUGCUGACGACGCAGUAUCCGCUUUCGGCUGGCUACCGGACCGGAGGCAGUGCAGGGAGCGUGCCCAUGGUGCCUGCUGGUGGAACGUGGGUGGGAUCUGGUGGUGGAACGGCCAUGGGCGGAGGUGCGGCAACGAUGGGCGGCGGGCCCGGGAGCGGGCAGCCGCCAGCGCUGCUGCACAACCGGCUGUUCCUGGCCACGCGGCGUGUGAAGGAUCUGGAGGCGCGGCUGCAUGCAUUGGCAGCAGCCAAGGGCUUCAAUGCCGAGGUUGACGUUCUCGCCAAGGAGCGCGACGUGUACAAGCUGCAAGUUGAGGCGCUGCGCCGUGCACAGCCCAGGGUUCGCGCGAGCCGCGACGGCGGGCACGCGUACGACCGCCUGCGCGAGGCGUACCUCAAGGCUGUGGCCGAGCGCAACGCACUGGAAGACGAGGUCAAGGCGGUCCACGAUGGGUACAAUCACGAGAUGAUUGCCGCGCACGACCACCUCCGCGGCCUUGUGGCCGAGAACGUCCGCUACAAGCACGAGGCCAACGUGUACUUUCGCGAUCAGAGCAACAUGGAACAGCUCGACCGGCAGAUGCGCCGCGAGCGCCAGGCGCUCAACGCAGCCAUCAAGUCGUUCGAGGCCAUGCGCGCCUCGCACGAGCGGCGGCUGUACUCGCGCGACGAGCUGUCGGAGCUCCGCGACCUGCGCCACAAGAUCAAGGACAUGGAGGCGCGGCUGGCAGGCAUGGAGCACGACCGCGCCGUCCUCGAGCGCCAGUUUAAGGUCGAGUACGACGCGCGCCAGGAAGCCGAGCUCGAGCUUCGCUACGGUGUCGACGGCCGCGCCCGCCUCGCCGAGCAGCACGCCGUCGACUCGAUGCAGCUAGAGAUGCAUCAGAUUCGCCAGGAGGCCCGCGAGACCGAGCGCCGCAAGAACCAGGAAAUUCUUGCCCUCAAGCAGCACGUUCGCGCCGCCCACGACGAGCGCAAUCAGGCCGUCAACCGCCUGCUCAACACCGCCACGCCGCGUGUGCCCGAGCCCGAGCCGGUCUACAUUACCCGCGACGUCGAGGUGCCGGCGCCGGCGCCAGCACCGGCGCAGCAGUCGCGCCCGGCCUCGGCUGGCUACAAGUACGUCGUUCAGCGCGUCCCGCAGUAUGCCUACGUCAACAUGCCGGUGUCUGGCACGCUGCCACCGCGCGCGCCCGCCGCCAUGCCUUCGGCUGCCCACUAUCCGGGCAUGCCGCCGCCGGGCAUCGGCCUCCCCGGUCCGCUCCCGCCACCGGGCAUGCCGGUCCCGGGCUUUGGCGUCAUGCCGCUGUGA